GCGGGGGUGGCCGUUAGGUGGGCUGUGAGGGGUCGCGUGCCGUUUCAGCGUGUCGUCCCGCCUUUUUCGCCGGCUCAACCUUACGGCUGCCGGCUGCGCCCCUCAGACCCCGCGCAGGCGGCCUCGGCGGGCGCCUAAGAUGGUGGCGCGGCGCUCUCUGAUGCGGUCACGGCGCGGCGCCGCACUGGGGGAAGGCCCCCCCCCCCCGGCCAUGUCGCGCCUGCUGGCGGCGGUGAGGGGCUGGCGCGGCGUCGCAGUUUGCAAGUCAUGUGUUCUCCGGAGAUUCUCCAUCCAGCCAGCCCAGCAGAAGAAGAUUCCAAACCGAUAUUUGGGCCAGCCCAGCCCCUUUACACACCCACACCUACUUAAACCAGGGGAGGUAACCCCAGGGUUGUCACAGGUGGAAUAUUCUCUUCGCCGGCACAAACUGAUGACACUGAUCCAGAAGGAAGCCCAAGGUUGGGAAGGAUUGGACCACACAGUGAUUCUGCUGUCCAACCCCACGUACUACAUGAGCAAUGACAUCCCCUACGUUUUCCACCAGGACACGAACUUCCUGUAUCUCUGUGGGUUCCAGGAACCUGACAGCAUCCUGGUGCUGCAGAGCCUUCCUGGCAAAGCGCUGCCCUCUCACAAGGCCAUGCUUUUUGUGCCCCGGAGAGAUCCAAGCCGAGAGCUGUGGGAUGGGCCCAGGUCAGGCACAGAUGGGGCCAUCGCUCUGACAGGAGUAGAUGAAGCUUACACUAUUGAGGAGUUCGGGCACUUGGUGGCCAAGCUGAAAGGUGAGUCAAACAAGGUGUGGUAUGAUGUGACUAAACCAGUGCAUAAAGAACUGCAUGCUGACUAUAUGCAGCCCCUGGCUGAAAUAAAAGCUCGGAGCAAAAAUCAUAUCCAGGGUAUCCGGCAUCUAGUGCAAAACCUUCGGCUGAUCAAAUCUCCUGCAGAGAUUGAAAGGAUGAAAAUAGCUGGACGAGUGACAUCAGAGGCUUUCAUAGAGACAAUGUUUGCCAGAAAAUCUCCAGUGGAUGAAGCCUUUCUGUAUGCAAAGUUUGAAUUUGAGUGCCGAGCUCGUGGUGCUGACAUCUUGGCCUACCCCCCUGUUGUUGCUGGUGGCAAUAGAUCAAACACUCUGCACUAUGUGAAGAACAAUCAGCUCAUUAAGGAUGGUGAAAUGGUCUUGCUAGAUGGUGGGUGUGAGUUCUCCUGCUACGUAAGCGACAUCACACGAACCUGGCCCGUCAAUGGAAGGUUCACCAAACCUCAAGCAGAACUGUACCAGGCUGUCUUGGACAUCCAGAAGUCCUGCCUGAGCCUCUGCUCCCCAGGUGUGAGUCUAGAAAAUAUCUACAGCCUCAUGCUGAGCCUUAUUGGACAGAAGCUGAAAGACUUGGGGAUCCUAAAGGGCAGCAUCACUGACAGCCACUUCUUUAAGUUGGUGUUGUGGGCUGGUCUCAGUGCUGGACUGGAUUUCUUUCAGGCUGUUCGAAGGUACUGCCCACACCAUGUGGGCCAUUACUUGGGCAUGGAUGUUCAUGAUACCCCAGAUGUAUCCCGGUCUGUCCCACUCCGGCCAGGCAUGGUGAUAACCAUUGAACCAGGACUUUAUAUCCCUGAAGAUGAUGUGAGUGCCCCAGAGAGGUUUCGUGGCCUUGGUGUACGCAUUGAAGAUGAUGUUGUGAUAGCAGAUGAUUCACCUCUCAUCUUGUCUGCUGACUGUCCCAAGGAGAUCUACGAUAUCGAGCAGAUCUGUGGCCGCAGCUCAUGAUAUCCUCCUCAGGAGAUGCGUGCCUCCAGGGAUGCAGGUCCCUGUAACUGGCUGCACUUGUCAAAUGGUGGAGAGAGAGUUGAUGGCUGUUUCCAAAUCUGAGGCUGGGAAGCGGAAUGCGAAAGACUCUGGCACUGAGUGCUGAAAAGCAAAGCAACCUUUUCUAUGUGUAUUUUUCUUCUGAUUUGACUAGUGCUGAUGUUGAGCUAUUGCAGAACGUGGGGGUGGAUUCAUCCCUUUGUUGUAUGGGUCCAUCUGUUCUGAUGCCCUUCAGUAGAUGGACUUUGUGAGUGCUGCCAGUAGCACAACUUCAGUCUGGUUCCUCUACAGAUGCAGUAGUGCAACUGUUGAGACCUGGGUCCUGUUGUUUACCCUUUUGCAGUAAUUACACAAUAGUCAGAAUUUAAAAGUGAAAUUCUGAAAAAUGCUGCUUUUGGAAAAUAAAAUCAUUUCAAGCACUUCUGACUUUAGAACCCUGGGCGGAGAGGUUUUGGUAGUUGGGAGGAUGAGUUUGGUUGGGAGGUAGCCUGAAGCUUGUGCAGAGUGCUUUUGUUAUUUUAAGAACAAGGAUAUCUUUGGGUUUGGUUCAGGCAGAUGCAAAAUAAGCCAACAGCAGAGGAAAACACCUCGUUGAGUCUUUCAGCUUAUUGAAAUGUUUGAGUUCUGGAGGUUGUUCACUCUUGUCUUCCACAUUCCAUUCUUUUUAUCGCCGCUCUCCAUUCCAGGCUCUUGUUUUGAGCCUGCCACUGCCCUGUGAAGCCAGUAACAUGUUGGCUGUGCCAGGCUCCAGUGGCAGGAUGCUGGUUGUCAUCUGGAUGUGAGUUGAUCAGUUCUGGGACAGUCACAGCAUCCUUCUGGUUUAUGCUGCAUCAGCCACUUCAGCAGUGCAUUUAUGAAGAAAGCAGCAUGAAGAAUACAAGUUUUAUACCACGUAUUUGAAAUAAUUUGCCUUUUCAGAACACUGAGGGCAUGAGCACUUCUGGGUUUUAGGUUUUGCCAAAUGCCAUCAGUAAUGAAUGCUUUGUAGUAGUAUUUUUGAGGCAGCUGCAAAUGUGACUUGUGGCUAGGAUGGCUGAGGAGUAAAGAGAAGACUUCCUGUCAGCAACAGCAUAUCACCCAAAGCAUUGUAAUGCCACAGUAAAUACACCUAUUUGAGGCAAACAUGCUGUCUGUGUAUUUCCUGAAGAUAUUUUGAUAGUCAACUAUUUAACAUCUGAAAAAAUGUCUCUAAUAACAUAUAUCCUGUUACUUAUGUUGGCUUUUCCUUCCUAUCAUCUUUAUUUUCUUUUCUAAUUGCAGCUUUAGGUAUUUUCCUCUCCACUUUUUCUUUUAAUUCUCUUCCUCUAUUCUCUUGUCUUGAUGCACCAUAAUAUCACUAUUUCCUAGCACCCACUUUUCUUCUUAGUGAACAUCACUGCCUCUUCCCAUUUGUUCCCAUUUAACUCCCCACAGCAGAUGUAAGCAAUGGUAGUCAGGGUUCCCGAGUUUGACUUCUGGCUCUGUUGCUGUGUAACCUACAGCAAUUUCUUUUUAAUCUCCCUUUUUUUUAUUUUUCUUCCUCUCAUUUGACUUAGUGAAGGCCAGGUGGUGUCAUGCAUAUCCCAUUGUUUUUAGUGGAAGCAGGGUGCAGCCACCAAGGUGUUUAAUCUGGCACUUGAAAGGCAGCCAAGACAUACUGUAGUUUUGUUUUUUAAAUGUGGUCGAAAAUGAAUGCUUUCACAAGGUUUAAUGUAGUAAACUUCACCUAGAAGGGAAAAUCUACUAAUCUCUGAUGGAAGUUACUGUUAGGUACUUGUAUAUCACAGUGUGAACUGUUAGAAGGGAGGCUUGUCAAGUGUGGAUGCAAAGAACUGAUCAUUACUUUAAAUGUCCUUCCAAUCUAACCCAUUUUUCUUCCAUUUGCACCUGUUAGAGCCAUACCAACUGGGAAAGGUCUUGGAUUUUGGAGCUGUGUAAGUAGCUGAAAAUCCGUGUCUGCUGAUGACCACAUCUGUACAUGUGCUUAGUUGCAGUUAUUGGUUGGAUGUACUGUAAAUAAGCCUUUGGAAUACAUAUUUAAAAGUGAUUUUAAAAAUACAUUUUCUAGAAGGUCAUUUAUUGAGCCAUCAAGUUGCAUGGCUAUCAAAAUGACCUAAAAACUUCAGAAACCAUUAUUUUUCAGAGAGAUUUAAAUAUUAUCUGUAAUCUAUCUUGCACUUCAAAUAACAUUGUCAAAUAUAGGCAAACACUGAUUUCUAUCUUUCCUGCAACUUGCAAACACCAGUUGAUCUUAGGAAUGCUGAAGAACAUUUGUCAGUGAGGAAGUGUUUGGAUGGGGAGUACUGGAUCUACUAGGACUGACUGCUGUGCUCUGCCGUGCAAAGUGCCUGAUUCAGGCUGUGAGUUGCUCCAUGUUCUACAAAUCUUCCACAGUUUCUAACCAUUUCUCCAGCACAAACUGCUGCAAAUAUUUUGAAUGUGUUACUUCAUGAGAAUGCAUUCCAUAGAAUGUAUCAAAUUUGAGUGUUACCAGCUGAAAUUGUUGAGGGCUUUCUCUCAGUUGUUGCAGAGGUAGAUAAUCACAGUGUCAGCUGGUAUGUACAUAUGUGCCACUGCCUCCCUUGAAUACAACCAAAUCUGUGAACGUUUUACACAUUGCUCAUCAGGAAACCAGCACAAAGAAUCCUUUCUCUGACUGCAUGUAACAGUGACGUACAUCCCCAGUCUCCAGUCGUAUCCCAAUUUACUGCCUUGAAGAGAUUCCUCGCUCCAACCACUUGGGUGCAGGAGCAGCUCAGAGGCAGCACAAGUUGUCAUCUGCCGGAUGAGAGUGAAUCCAUUUCCAGAUCCUCACUGCAGGAUCCACUUCUUUCACUGGCUUGGAUAUGCAUAACCUUAAGGCACGUUCUCUUGGACCUCUUGAUUCAGCAAAAACUCAGGUAUAAGCAAGACAUGUUAAGGAGGGAUUUUAUUUAUUUAUUUAUUUAUGGAACUAAACCACAAGUCUUAAUCUCUGUGAAUCAGAGAAUGAGAUGAAAUUUUCAGUUCAGUGAGCCAUCCCUAAGAAGAAGCUGCUUGGCUUUCAGAGAAAGCCUCAGAGACUCUUCUUGACUUUCCCAUUUCAUACUCUACCAGCAACCUGCUCUGCUUUGCAGAAACUGGUUGGUAGUAAAGUCCAACUGUUAAAGUACAGUCUGAGCAGAGGGUGUUAAUUUGUAGAUAUGCUUCAGUUGCCAAAAUGGAAAUAAAGUUGGCAUUUAGCAUGAUUAGCCACUCAAUCUCUGUUACCUGUGGAAAAAUACAAUAUGUCUUCUGAAACUGAUGUUUCACAAAGCAACCUGAUAGUGUAGAAAGCAGCAUACAGGACAGAAUGGAGAUGGAGGCUUCUGGGAAUGUACAGUGCAAUGUGGAGGAUUCAGGAGGAGGGCAGAGUUUGGAACCUGGGGUGUGCAGGUAAGUGGUUAUAAGAGCAAGGUGAGGACAGCCAGGUGUCAAAUGGCUGUUGGGUAUCAUGUCAGAACAGCGUGGUAGUUGUGACUGGUUACAUGAGCCAGGAGACCCUGAUUGAUUCCUCUUGCUCAAGAGGGGGGGGAACAAAGCAGUCAGAUUGUAUUGAUGAACGUGGUCUUAACAGUUAGUUUAAUUAUUUGGUCUAAAAAUCAAUAGAAUUAUCAGAUGAGAAAGUUUUUUGCACUUUCAGAUUAUUGAUCAUGUGUCACGCUUUAAAAAUGUGAAUUGGGGAAAGUAGGUUUCAAGGCAAAAAUCUUCACUAUGAUGAGGGAGCGAGGCUGAGGUUAUAUACUUCUGAGCUUCCAAAUUGCUGCUAUUGAAAUUUAGUAAUUACUCUUAGGAAAAUUACUGUAAAGCUAAAAAGUGUUAGGGUUAAACUUAGAAAAAAUCCAUAUGAGAUAAAUGACCAAAAUGUUU